AUGGCUUCUUCUCUCCACAGUCGAGACACUGAAAACCCUAAUGAAACAGCCAAGACUAGCAGUGGCUUCGAAGAGCACCCACCUUCGCCCUUAGCCGAGCCCACCCCGCGAGCUCACCACGAGCCCGGGGCUCCAGACAAACCACUUGGUCUGGUCGCUUUGGAUUCGCUGCUUCGUCCCUCUAAAACCAUACUCCGCCUUGACCUAAGGCGCGCUUUCUCUCUCCAGAAAUCAUCGCUUUCUCACUCUCACGAACCACAGGACAGCCCCUCCGACACUUGGGUUCGUGGCAUCCAUGGCGCCCAAGCUCGCCUGCAACUCAUGCAGAUUUGGGAUUUCCCUAAUGGAGAGCUGAAGAGAGAGGAGCUCCCAUGGUGGUUUAGUUUGGGAAUUGGGGCAAGUGCAGAGAUGGAUAAAGGAGGGAUUCUGGUUCCAAAAGCCAGAAUCAAGACCAAAUAUGCAGCUCUUCAUGUUUUACCACAACCAUGUUUAGAGUUACGCAACAAAUUCCCUAUCGGGAUCUCAUCCCUCGCGGCAAGUAUUCGUUACAGGAUACCCCUUUCUGAUGUAGAGAACAUUUGGAAUUCUCCAAUGGCACAUCUUAUAGUGAACUUUUACAGUAAAGUAGGGUCAGGUUUCCACCUCACACCAGGAGGUUUGGAGUUUGAUGAACACGUGCUAAAAAUUGGAAAGUAUACAACAAUGAGAGUAGCGGCCUCUGUGAAUUUUCCAAAGAGAAUACCACCUGAUGAGGACGAGCCACCCUGCAAUAUCGACAUUCGCCGUGUCGGACUCAAAACAAGAAUAAUGUAGUUUUUAUUGAUUCCUUUUUUUUCUUUUUCUUUUUUUAAACAGACCUUUUUAAUGUUCGCACUUCUCACCAUUCAUGUCAUAUAAAUGAUGAAAA